AUGGAGAGAUCGGACCUCGGCGGUGAAUUGGGGCCUGCUUGUAGUGAGGUCGGGCCCCGACGCCCCGACGACCGAGGUCGAGUUUCGAGGUUUAGGCAAAGCAAGGUCAGACAUCGUGGCGCUCGUGAGAUCGGGGACUCGGUUGUGAAAUCGGUGGUAGCCGGCGGGCGAGAGGCUUGGUCCCGAAGACCCGAUGACCGAGAAGUGACGUCGGUAAAGAGGCUCGGUUCAGCGAUUAGGAAGCGGAGAUGGCAGGUUUUGGAGCUGACCGAGGUGAAGUCUGGAGUCGAUGGGUUGGAUUUUCCCGUCUGUGGGAUUGGUCUCUACGACUUUGAGGUCGGCCCCAUGGAUGGUGAAGUCGGUUUUGUUGUGAAGUCGGGCUUGGCGUUAAAGAGGUCAAACCCGAUAGUUGUGAUACAGAGGCAUGAACCCGACGUAGGAAAGGUCGGCUUAGUUUAUGGUCAACGGGGCGGGUCCGGCGGCAGUCCAGGCGGACACGAUGGAUUAGGCGAAAAAUCCAGUGAAUACGUGAAGGCGGGGGAAUCGACUCACGGAUCUGGCGGUGGUGCACUCAGAUGGGGCGGAUCGUCUUGCGAGACUAAUUCUCUUGCUAUGUGCUGUGGUUUGGAUAUCUGGCUGAAUUUAGGAGUAGGGCAGCAGAAUGUUGAAGCCAGUGCUAUGGAUUCAGAACCUAAGACUUGGUUGGCUCAAGGAAAGGCUUAUGCUCAGAAUGUAGUGAUAGCAACUUGGGGUAUUAAAGCUGAUCAAACCAAGACAUCUGGAGAAUACAUGUUGCUGGGACUAAGGGAAUGGCUGGAAACAUGGAUGACUGGAGGAUGGAAUAGAGUGUAG